ACCCUGGUCUCGUCUGGUUGAACAGAGAGGCAAAAAGGUUCCAGAUCCCAUGGAAACAUGCAACAAGGCAUAGCCCCCAGCAGGAAGAAGAAAAGACAAUAUUUAAGCAGACUCACCCAUGGGAUCAUCUAGUACAGGCAGCUGCACCCCUGAGCAAACAUGGCCAAAGACUGAGCCUCAGGAGAUGGAAGUGCCCCCAACAUCAGGCCCUGCUGACUUUUUCAGUUCUCCCGAGAUGUGGAUCAGUUCCCUACUAAUGACUGACUUAGAAAUCCAGUUCUAUUAUCGGGGCAAAGAGAUGGGUCAGGCGACUAUAGUCAGUAAUCCUCAAGGCUGCCGACUUUUCUAUGGCGACCUGGGACCAAUGCCCAAUCAGGAAGAGCUGUUUGGACCCAUCACCCUUGAACAAGUUCGCUUCCCUGGGACAGAACAAAUUGUAAAUGAUAAACAGAAGCUCUUUACUAGUCGUCUUCUUGAUGUCAUGGACAGGGGUCUGAUAUUAGAAGUCAGUGGGCAUGCCAUAUAUGCAAUCAGACUGUGCCAGUGUAAAGUCUACUGGAGUGGGCCCUGCUCACCAUCUCCGACUACCCCAAACCUUAUUGAAAGGCAGAAGAGAGUUAAACUUUUCUGUCUGGAGACUUUCCUUAGUGAACUUAUUUGUCAUCAGAGGGGGGCUCCUACAAAGCAGCCACCAUGUGAAAUCUACUUAUGCUUCGGAGAGGAGUGGCCAGAUGACAAAUCCAGAGAAAGAAAGCUCAUUAUUGUUCAGAUAAUACCAGUUGUAGCACGUAUGAUACUUGAGAUGUUUAGUGGGGACAGCACCCGUUCCUUUGACAGUGGAAGCAUCCGUCUGCAAAUCUCUGUCCCUGACAUCAAAGACAACAUUGUUGCUCAUCUGAAACAACUGUAUCGCCUUCUUCAGAACCACCAAGGGCCAGAUGCUUGGCCUCUCAUGCAGCCCCAAAACAUGCACCUGGCUGAGACACUUCAAACCCAGUGAGGACUGGUUCCUCACAAAACUUUUGUCUUUUUAAAGCAGCACAAACUACUGCCCCUGCUGGGGGACCUUUUACUAUAUUAGAGUGUAGACGAAGGACCCCCCCAGUAAUAUGGAAGCUUUAAUGCAUUAACAUCCUAGGUCCAAUCAAUUGUAUACCCCUUGCACAUAUCGGACAUGCUGUUUUAGAGUCAUUGUAGCUUUAAAAGCAGCGAAUAUUACUGGUUCCACAGGGGAGCCUGCAGCUGCCCCAUUUGUGAAUUUACAGGUUAGAAUGGGACACGUGGGACAGAAAAGCAAGACACAGCCCUGUUUGAAAACAGACAAGUGGAUUUUAUUCAUUUUUGUCACUAGACAUACAGGUUAGCAUGGGGUUUUAUCUUCUUGUAUUUUUCCAGAAGCUGAAUAAAAUGCUUCACAAUACAUUAAGGCUUACUGAAAGCUGUUUUUUCUAUAGCAUGAGCAGAAAUUUAGCUUUCUGCAAAUUUUACCACCAUUGUACUUGUACUCUACUUAUUUAUUAUUUUUAUUGCAUUAAAUUUAUUUUUUCUUCUCCAGUAACAUAUUAAAAUAAUUUCAUAGUAUAGUAUUCAGUGCUGUUAGUGUGAAACCAUAGGACUAUGUGGCAUGAAGGUCAGAUGAAGGGGGGAGUACAUCUACAAAUUCACUUUUUUUUUUUUUAGAAACCUUGAUUUCUCAUCAAGCAUUCACCAGUAACUAAAUAGCCCAUCUAAAUUCUAGAAUAGAAGGAGAACAAAUAUCAUUUGAUUAAAAAAAAGAUAUAGCUUCAUUGCCAUCUAAAUCACUUCUACAAUUUCAAUUUGGUGGUUGGAAAAUAACGAAAAAUAUGUUACUGAAAUUUACUUUUGUGUACAACAUGCUCAAGUUUAUGUAAAAUUCCCUCAAUUUUUUUUUUUUAAUAGCAAAAUUAUACUAUUUGGGGAAAAUUACAUGACUGCAAUACUUUUUAAAUAAAUAUUUAAUAACCAUGCAAAAUUAAACAAAUAAUUCAUUGGUGCAAACAAUGUAUUCAUAAUCUGCUAAUAAAUACCCUUUUUUCCAAGAAAA